CACCUACCCUCCAGCGCCCUCUCCAUCCCCCGAAUCUAUGAUACGCGUGAAUAAAUACGGCAGCAAGUAAACACGGGGAGUUUGGAAUAAGUAGAGAGAGGGGUUCCAAGAAAAGCACAAAAGCAACAAAAAUGGCAGGAGCAAGCAGAUUGCUAAGGACUAGCAGAGCUCUCCAAUCAGAUCACCACCCUCCAUUUUCCUCUUCUUCUUCCAAUUUUUGUCGUCUCCCGUGUCCCAAGUUUCUGACCGGUCGAGGAGCGAAGAGCAUUCUUCCACAAGACUGCCGGGGAAGGAAGAGGGUGCCCGUCUCUCCGGGCACCGCGGUGACCUCACCUGAAAAGAAGCACGAGCCUUCUUUUUUCGAAAAGGGGAUGGAGAUUAUGGAUCUCUCAUCUUCCCGCGUAGCUCAGGUAGCAAAGCUGGCUCUCACACUCUUCGUUCCAUCGCGGCAGGAGGCUCCAGAGGGAUUUUCUUCUGCGCAUUCCGAGAUGCUCGUCGAAACCGGGAUCGCUGGAUGCCAAUCCUUCACACUAAUCGCGGUUGCAGGAUCCCUGAUCGGCUCGGUCUUGUGUUUCGUUGAGGGUUGCUUCCUUGUUCUGGAGGCAUUUUUCCAGUACUUCCAUAUGAUAUCACAACGGCUGGCUGAAGGAGGUAUCAUACAGCUACUCAUCGAAGCCAUAGAUACGUUUCUUGUUGGAACUGCUCUGCUUACGUUCGGGAUGGGGUUGUAUGUCAUGUUUUCCGGCUCUGCCGACACUAAACAGAACAGAGGAUGGCAAAUUGCCGAGUCCAGCCUUGGCUCAUUUAACCUUCAGGUUAGAUAUUUGGAUUUAACUGAGAAACAUUUCAGCAGGAAUCUCAUAAUAUUGCUAAAUCGUUUUCAGAUGCUUGCAAAGAGUAUGGAGAUGCAGUCGAUAUCAGAGGCAAAAUCAAAAAUUGGGCAUGCCAUACUUUUGAUACUUCAAACAGGGAUGUUAGAAAAGUUCAAGAACGUGACCUUGGCCAGUGGCUUGGAUCUAGCUUGCUUUGCCGGAGCUGUAUUCAUCUCCUCAGCUUGUGUUUUCCUCCUUUCGAAGCUCACAAUGCAACGAAGCAAAAGUGCAUGGAUAUAAUUCAUCACAGGCUACCAGAUUAGAAAAACAACUGCAGGAUACUUCUCAGAGGAUCAGAAUUAUUCAAUCCAAAUUUUAUUCAAGUGUCGUAAUUAAUCAAUCACAGUUUUUUUUUCUCUUUUUUUUUGGUGGGGCUGAGAAACUUGACAGAAACUGACGCAGUGAUAAAGCAGUAAGUAUGAAAAGCAGGAAUUACAG